CUAGACACACACAGAUGUUCUUGAUUACGUCACAGCUCUACUACACACUCCCACCCGGCAGUGAACUUGAAUGCAGAGCAGUGAGAGGUAGUGAAAAGCAGAGGAUAUCAGCUAUAGUAUAUCGCUGUUGGGAGCACUUAAUUCUGCUGCGAUGGGUACGUUGGGUCCAUUUCGCAUGUUCUUGCUUUUUGCGGUGGCUCAGCAGAACGUCUUUGUAGCCGCCAGCGACGUGCUCGAGCUCGGGGAUUCUGAUUUCGAUGACACGGUAGCAGAGUACGAGACUGUGUUGGUGGAGUUCUUCGCGCCUUGGUGUGGUCACUGCCAGCAACUAGCCCCAGAAUAUGAAACUGCAGCAACAAAACUAAAAGGGACAGUGUCUUUAGCUAAAGUAGACUGCACAGUGAACUCUGAGACGUGUGGACGUUUUGGGGUCAAUGGGUACCCCACACUCAAAAUUUUCCGCAAUGGAGAGGACUUUGCUGCUUAUGAUGGACCCAGAAGUGCAGAUGGCAUUGUGAGCUACAUGAAAAAACAGGCAGGUCCCAGUUCCGUUCCUCUGCACAAUGAGAGAGACCUAGAUGCAUUCGUCAACCAUUUUGAAGCCAGUGUGGUUGGUUUUUUCUCAAGUGCUGACAGCUCUCAGAUGGCUGAGUUUCUGAAGGCGUCUAGUGCCAUGAGAGACAGCCACCGCUUUGCCCACACUGCAGACCUGAGCCUGGGCCUCAAACACGGCGUGGAAUCAGACACGGUGGUGCUCUUUCGGCCCCCGCGACUCAACAGCAAGUUUGAGGACAGCUUGGUCAAGUCUGAUGAGGCUGUCUCGAUCGCCUCUCUCCGUCAAUUCAUCAGAGAUAAUGUGUUUGGGCUGUGCCCCCAUCUGACUGCUGAGAACAGAGAGAACAUGAGGGGACGGGACUUGCUGGUGGCCUACUACGACGUGGAUUACCUCCGCAACAUCAAGGGCACCAACUACUGGAGGAACAGGGUGAUGAAAGUGGCCACUCAGUUCCAGUCUCAGGGGCUGAAUUACGCUGUGGCCAACAGGGCUGAGUUCCAGGAAGAGCUGGAGGAGGAGUUUGGCCUGGGGACGUCCGACGGGGGAAAGCUGCCUCUCAUCACCAUCAGGAACCGGGAGGGCCACAAGUACAGCAUGCAGGAGGAGUUCACACGGGACGGGAAAUCCCUGGAGAGGUUCUUGGAGGACUACUUUGCUGGUAAACUGAAGAGGCAGGUCAAGUCAGAGGCUGCUCCCGAAAACAACGACGGCCCAGUCAAGGUGGUGGUGGCGGACAACUUUGAGGAGUUAGUGAACAACCCUUCCAAGGAUGUGCUGCUUGAGUUUUAUGCACCGUGGUGUGGACACUGCAAAAGCCUGGAGCCCAAAUACACAGAGCUUGGGGAACAGUUGUCCGCCAACACCCACAUUGUUAUAGCAAAGAUGGAUGCCACUGCUAACGACGUUCCUCCAACCUACGAUGUCCAGGGUUUCCCCACUAUUUUCUUCGUCCCAGCAGGACAGAAGGACCAGCCUCGGAAAUACGAGGGUGGCAGUGAGGUGAAUGAUUUCCUCAACUAUCUGAAGGAGGUGGCCACACAUCCCCUUAUCCUGGGCAAUGCCAGAGAAGACUUGUGAGAGCGCAAUGAAGAGAGAGAAGAAAGGGGGGGGUGGGCUUUACUUGGCUCAAUGUGCUCUAGCGACUCCUUGUGGCUGGUCGGGUGACUGCAGGCUGAAUGCAGUUGUCAGUUGAACGGUGUUUCCUCCGACACAUUGGUGUGGCUGGCUUCCGGGUUAAGCGGGCGGGUGUUAGGAAGUGUGUUUUGGUGGGUCAUGUUUCGGAGGAUGCAUGAUUCGACCUUCGCUUCCCGAGCCCGUUGGGGAGUUGCAGCGAUGAGGGAGAAAAAGGGGGUAAAAGGAACAGAGUUUGGGAAAUUCAGAUUUAGGGUGAAGACUACUGAAGCACUAUGGACAGGCUUAGAUUUCAGUUGGACUUUUAUGCCAAGCAUCUCACCUGCUCUUCUGGAGGAGAGGCAACCUUAAAGUUUGAAAUGUCCCCUCAUUGUACUGAAUUUAUCAUAUUGAACUCCAUUUGAUAUUUACUUACUAUAAUACACUCCAUAUCACUCUAUUUUGUUUUGUGUUACAUACACAAUAUAGCACAUCAUCCACAUAUUAGUACGUUUUAUUAGAGACAUCUCUGUAUUUGUUAUCAAAUUAGUGAUAUUUAUUGGUAUUAUUUAUUUUUCAUAGAAUGUAUAGUUACAUCAGCUAGCACCUCUUGAGAUUCAUGUUUUACAUCAAAUUUAACUAUUGAAAUCAUUUGAGAUGUCUUGCAUGAAAAGAGUUAUCAACUUGAAGAUUAGGCAAUGUCCAAUGCAUGGGUAUUAUUUGAUAAAUAAAAAAGACGUCACAGAA